AUGGACGGGCAGCGCCGCAAGAAGUGGACCAACUUCACCAUCGGCCUCCUCUUCCUGUCCGGGGGUAUCGAGUACGCUGUGAUCCUGCCAACCAUCUGGGCCUACCUGCAAACGCUCGAUGCUGAACCGUACUUCUUGGGCCUGGGCAUCUCGGCAUUCAGCUUUGCUGGGUUGAUCACUGGUCCGCUCUUUGGAUACUGGUCCGACCGGACACAGCGCACCAAGACCGUCAUCCUCUUCGCCAACCUGUUCCAGAUUGCAGGGAAUUUCAUGUACUUCGUCGGGGGUUCCAAGUGGAUGCUCCUCAGCAGCCGAUUGGUGGCAGGUGUGGGGACAGGGGCGGGAGCAUCUGUCUUCGGCUACCUGACCCGUUCCACCGCCCCCCAGGAGCGCGCCACCGUGUUUGCAGCUGUCAUGGCAUGCCGGCAGGUUGGGCUGCUCAUAGGACCAGCCUGUAAUCUCUUCCUGCGCCUCUGCAACUUCCAGGUGGGACCCUUUGUGGUCAACAAGUUCACAUCGCCGGGGCUCUUCAUGGCCCUGGUGUGGCUUCUGCUCCAAGUCAUGGUGGCGACGAUGUACCACGACCUGCAGCCUCUGCCGCCGGCGACGUGCGGCAAGGGGGCAAGGGUCGUGCCGGAGGAGCCGCCGGCCGCUCCGGAGCAGGAGGAGGAGGAGCCCCUCAUGCGGCACCCCGCCGGCCUGGAGGAGGCGGCGGAGGGUGGCGGCUACGGGAGCACCGCUGUGGAAUGCCGAGAGCCUCCGCCGGGGGGCGAGGGUCGCUACGUGCCCAACGGGCACCUGGCGGAUGAGGAGGCCGCCGCCGAGAAGGGCAAGGGCCCCUUCCACGACUUCAGCUCUGUGAGAGAGUACCUGCGAGAAGAAGUAGUGGUUCUCCUCACGGCCCAAUUCAUCACCCUCUUCAAUCAAACUGCACUGGAGACUAUGGUGACCCCAAUUACACAGCGAUACCUGAACUUUGGGGAACUGGAGAACAGCAUCAUGUACUUCCUGUGUGGCGUGGAGGUUAUUGCUGGAUUCUUCCUGGUGCGCUGUCUCAGCACUCGUCUGGCGGAUCGGGUCAUCUUGGUCCUUGGCCUGGUCAUCUGCAACGUAGCCUGUGUCUGGUGCUUGGUUUUCCUGUCACAACCCCAAGGUACCUUCUCCGUCCUUCUCGCGGAGCUGGCAGUGGGGGUGGCCCUGCAGGUCUUGGGCCUGCCCUUUGUCGCCGUCUCCCAGGUGUCACUCUUCUCCAAGGUCACGGCAGAGAGAACGCAAGGGCUCAGCCAGGGUCUCCGUCGCUCGGUAGGGGGCAUUGCGACCAUCCUUGGGCCCCUGUGGGCUGGAGGCUUGACUACAAACCUUUCCAUCAUGCUGGGGGUAAUGAUGGCCCUUCUCAGCCUGCUGAUGAUUAUGGUGGGGCUGUCAUACACAUACCUCACAGAGCCUUCCAGGGGGUACCUGUCUCCUGGUGUGUCCCGCGAUGAAUGCAGCUCCUGAGAGACCUCUCGAUGGAAGGUGUCGUGCUGAUUGGUGCGGGUCCCCCUGGCUGGUUCCAGUUCUGAGGUGGUUGCUCUCCUGCUGGGGUGAGGAGCAUCAAGGGGCACAUGCCCACCCAAAAGCAGCGGCCAGCCCAGGGUCCGGCUGGGGUGCCCACAUCUCUCCUGCUGGCCAGUUCCUUGCCACCCCAGAGUGGGGUUUCUCCGAGGGGCGAGGAGCCCGGCUUCCUUUCCCACUCUCCACAGCAUCUCCCCAUGUUUCGCCCUGUGGGGCCCCCUGGCUCUUGUCUAUGGACUCUGAAAGGCAGCCGGACUGGGGCUUGUGCAAAGACGCUUCGUGUCUCUGAACCUUGCCCCAGUCUUCUCCCUCCUGAUGCCUUCUAGCUGGGUGGACUGCAGUGUCCAUGAGCCCCAGGUGUACUGGCUGAGGAUGAUGAGAGUUGUAGUCUGACCCGUCUGGAGGGUGUCAGGUUGUGGAAGUCUGCUCUUUCACAAGUUUCUUCUGCUUCAUCACCGGUUAUGUACCUAGUUCUGUGCUCACUUGCAGUAGCUGUUGCUCUCCCAUGCAAGCAGCCAUGUUUCCUCUGGGCGCAUGCGCACGUGCGUGUGCACCAUGAUAGACAUGACUGGGAGGGGGCGGUGGAGGUAAUGGCGGUGUGAAAAGUUCUGUGCAGGGCAUUUCUGCUUCACUGAGAAGCGUUGUUCCAGAACAACCUUCCGCGUGGCUUGGCCUUACCUCCCAGCUCAGCCAGCAUGCACAGGGAUUCCA